UGUGGUUGUUGCGCUGCAGUUGGCAGGCUGCUGCGGGAGGCAGUAGCGGCUAGAAGCCGGAGGCAGCGGGGUGACAGGAAAGUGGAGAGUCUUAAAAUCUAUAAUAAGAGAGCUGCAAAUUAUUUGUCUUAACAAAUGAAUUCCACACUUGAACUCUGCUGCAUUCCUGUGCCACCUCCUCCUUUAGAAAACUGAUCUUAGAACAGAGAGAUAAAAAGAGUAAUCAAAAGAAGAAGAAGAUGUUGGGAUCUGAACGUGGUGUUGUGGAAGAAUGGUUAUCAGAAUUCAAGGCAUUGCCUGACACUCAGAUCACCAAUUAUGCAGCAACUUUACACCGGAAAAAAACGCUGGUACCAGCCCUCUAUAAAGUUAUUCAAGAUUCAAAUAAUGAGAUACAGCCUCCAAGAGUGCCUCUGCUGUGUACUGGAGUGAGUUUGAAGAAGUUCAGCUCCUGGAGCCUGUCUGCCAUCAGCUGUUUGAGCUCUAUCGGAGCUCUGAAGUUCGACUUAAGAGGUUUACACUGCAGUUCUUGCCAGAAUUGAUGUGGGUUUAUUUACGGCUUACAGUUAGCCGAGACAGACAGAGUAAUGGUUGCAUUGAAGCACUUCUGUUAGGAAUCUAUAAUUUGGAAAUUGCUGAUAAAGAUGGAAACAAUAAGGUUCUAUCUUUUACUAUCCCUUCCUUAUCUAAGCCUUCAAUAUACCAUGAGCCAUCAACGAUUGGAUCAAUGGCUUUGACAGAAGGGGCAUUGUGUCAGCAUGAUCUCAUCAGAGUUGUUUAUAGUGACCUUCAUCCUCAGAGGGAAACAUUUACUGCACAAAACCGGUUUGAAGUCCUCAGUUUUCUCAUGUUGUGUUACAAUUCUGCUAUUGUGUAUAUGCCUGCUUCAUCUUACCAGUCUCUUUGUCGGAUGGGAUCCAGGGUUUGUGUGAGUGGGUUUCCACGGCAACAUGAAAAACACUGGAAAGAACUCUCUGGUCGAAUAGUAUUGGAUCCCGAAUUUAUGGUGCAACUUCUCACAGGGGUUUAUUAUGCCAUGUAUAAUGGACAGUGGGACCUUGGCCAGGAAGUCCUUGAUGACAUCAUUUAUAGAGCUCAGCUAGAACUCUUUUCUCAACCACUUUUGGUUGCCAAUGCCAUGAAAAACUCAUUACCAUUUGAUGCUCCGGAUUCUUCACAAGAAGGCCAGAAAGUACUUAAAGUGGAAGUCACUCCAACAGUGCCGAGGAUUUCUCGGACUGCGAUUACAACAGCUUCCAUCCGUCGCCAUAGAUGGAGGAGAGAAGAUGGCUUUGACUUCUCAAACGAGGCUGACUCGAGUAUUCCUGGCUCCCCGAUCCAACACGGCUCCACUGACCUAGGGAUCAAACGUGUGCAAGAGGGGGAAGUGCUGGUGCGCAGGACCCCUGAGCACGGCUCACCGGAGCCCAACUAUGCAGCAGCCACAACAGAGGGUGCUGAGGGUGUAAAUGGAGGAGAGGAGUCGGUAAACCUGAAUGAUGCAGAUGAAGGAUUUUCAUCAGGGGCUUCCCUCAGCAGUCAGCCAAUUGGGACCAAACCAUCCUCCUCUUCUCAGAGGGGAAGCUUAAGGAAAGUAGCAACUGGGCGUUCAGUCAAGGAUAAAGAAACAGCCUCUGCCAUCAAAUCCAAUGAGAGCCCUCGAGAUUCAGUAGUUCGCAGGCAAUAUGUACAGCAACCAACUGAUCUUAGUGUAGAUUCAAUUGAGCUGACACCAAUGAAGAAACACCUGAGUCUGCCUGCUGGCCAGGUGGUGCCAAAAACCAAUAGUUUAAGUCUAAUCCGGACAGCCAGUGCUUCCUCAAGUAAAUCAUUUGACUAUGUAAAUGGCAGUCAAGCAAGUACCAGCAUUGGGGUUGGCACUGAGGGAGUUACUAAUUUAGCAGCUAACAAUGCUAAUCGAUACUCAACUAUCAGUCUACAGGAAGACCGACUAGGUCAAGCUGGAGAUGGUAAAGAGCUUCUCAGCCCAGGAGCUCCCUUAACCAAGCAGUCUCGAUCCCCAAGUUUCAAUAUGCAGCUAAUAUCCCAGGUGUAGUUUUGACAUCCUCUCUCAUCUUUCUGCUUACUUUUUAACUGAACAUUUCAUUGUUCAAGAAGAAACUUCAUCCCUCAUUGUGAAAAUAUUGGUCAUUGUAAUCAGAUUUGAUUUAGUUUAGGUAUGUUCAUACUGUAUUUUGUAUGGAAAGAGCAAUAAGGUUUUCUUUCCCCCUCCUUCCUAUAUCUUCUCUUCACCUAUUCCUUGUAAAUGUGUUUGUGAAGCAGUAUAAAAUGUUUGCAUUUUCCAUGCUUUCCUUUCUCCUUGGGUGAUGUGCAAUCCAUCGUAGGCUGAUCGGUCCCAUUUCAACACUGUGAGACUGAGGAUAUGUUAGAGGAAAUGGUGUAUAUGAUCCCUAUGAAAUGAUUCUUUGGCUUUUGUUUAAAAAAAAAAAAACGGGUUUGUUCUCAUAAUCUAUAGAACUAUGAAGAUUACUUGGUCAUACUUUUUUCUCUCUUAACCAGGAGUGCCUCAGAGAUUCUGCUAUGACUUUGGACUUCUCUGAGUCUGUGCAAUCAUUUUCUUGAAAAGCAAGGGGAAAGGUGGUAGACUGUUGCACUUUUUCAUUAAAAUGAGCAUGGCUCUUCCCCACCCCACCCCCCAUCUCCUUUAUCUUGAGGACACAAAUGUUCAAUUACUGAGGCAUUUAAAUCAAGUUGUGGCCACCUCCAUUUGAGGGCAGGGCUCUAAGUUGAUUGUGUAAUUGAUAAUGCACUUUCUCAAAGACUCUGUAGUCAUUAACAUGCCUUCCCUCCUCCCUACAAGGACAUAAGGUCAUUUCUGUCCUUCAAGUUUGAACAACUAACAAAUCAGAGAAUCCAAGGGGCAUGUUCUGUUUCCCAGGAAUGACUGACACUUUGGUGCUGGGGUUUUGUAGGGGGAGGGAGUGGUUUUUGUUUAGCUUGUGUGGGAUUGUCUGUGUGAGGGGAAAUUUUGAUUGGUUUUCUUUCUUUUCCUUUGUGAGCUGAUGAUGACUGAAGUAGAACAAGUACGUCUUCAGGUAAAGAAAGGGAUUUCUCAUCCUGCUUUCUGUGAUGUCAGACUAUUGGAGAAACUCUUUCAGCUGCUUUCUAGAUGUACCUAAAUUCAGUCAGAUAUUUUGGAUUAAGAAACCUGAAGUCCUGAUAGAUCAUAUACUCCAAGGAAAUAUAUCAGGGACAGAUAAUUGGCUGAAAACACUGAUGCUUCAAUGUGACACAUUUUUAUAGAACAUUUCUACCAGGAGGUACUGACUUGAUUUCUCCUACAAGGAACACACUGCCUUUGUGUUUAAUGCAUUUUGUGUACCUUCUAAUCAUAUAUCUACAAAAGUUUCUCAUUUUUAUAAAACUUUGAAAUCAUGCCAGUAAGCUGAAUGUUGAAUGUAUGUAAAGUAGCAUUUGGCAACUGUGCUACAGAAAUGCAUUAUUGGUUAAAAAAAAUUUUUGUUCUGAUUUGGUUGGUUAAGAUUUCAUCAUGACCUCUUCUGGUUUCAAGCUCUAAUGCUUGGUCAAAAUAGAAGAGAAUAUAUUGAUUUUUGAAAAUCAGUAUAUUGUGACUUGAACUGCUAUGCGUUAUUCUUCCACAAAAUACAUCAGAGCUAUUAGUGCUUUGUCUCUUUAGAUAUUUUUAUUUUAUUGUGAAAAAAAUAUACAUACUGAAUUUAUAGAAAGCAAGUAUUCUCCUAAUUGACAAAGCUUAAAAUUUUCUCUCUACCAAUUAAAAUUAUAAUAUAUUUUGAUAAUUAAAAUAACCAGAAAAAUGCCUCUUGGUUUUUUUCAUACCUUUAAAUCUCACCCUUUCUCCCUCCCCCUCUUUCUUUUUUAAAUUUGCUUUGUUUGUUUAAGAGGUUUUUUUGUUUGUUUAAGGGAUUUUCUUUUAUAAUCUUUAUAAGAACAAUGAAAUACUCGUUUGAAGUUGGUGGUCUGUAACAUUUUUUCAGCUCAUGUUAAAAUAGAAAACUAGAAGCUGAACUAGUAUCUGCAACAUUGCCAAAGUCCAGGGUAAAGCUAAAAGUUGAUAGAGAUUUAUUAAUGUGUGUGUAUGUGUAUGCAUGUGGUGCAAACAUAUCACAAAGACAUUUUAGGUGUCCCUUACCUCUAAUUUACCUAUGAGAUGCCAGAUAAAUGAAUUAAAAAGUAGCCAAAAUAAAUGAGGUAUAAAGAUCUGUAACAUACUAAGGAGAGCAGAGUUUCAGGUAUCAAAGGAAAAGAGCAUGGUACUUACCAAGGAGUAAGGAAGGUCUUAGCCAUGGCUGGAGGUCAGUCACUUAUGGCAGAAAUGCUCAGUUGAUUUAAAAGGCUGAAGGAUUGUUUUUCAAUUCAACAAGUUGUGUAUUUCUUGCCAUCUAAAUCAAGCAUGAUUUUAGUUAAAGCACAAAAAAUACCAGAUAAUACCAAAUUACAACAAGAGCUGUAAUAAAUAUUAUAAGAUCCCCCUUUGGUUUGUUAGAAAUCUUAUGUUAAACCUGAUAAGUUGGUGUUGAAAACUUUCAACUUAGAGGAUUUCAUUUAUCUGUGUGUAUACGUAUUUUGUAUGUCUAUAUAACCCAUUAAUGUUGAAUGACCCUGUAAUAUUUCUGUUUCAUACUUUUAAGUGAUGUGAUUUGGCCCCAAUGAAGAAACAUUUCAUUAAAUUCAAACUUUGCAUUCAGGAUUUUAGAACAGAUUUCUUGUGCAAGAUAUAGUUAAAAUGGGAUGAGUUAGUUUAACCAUAAAUCAAAUUUUUGGAGAUUUUUUUUAUAUUCAUUUGCGUUAUUUAUUGGCAUUUAAAACAGUUUUCAGAUACAACAGUUACAAAUAUAUGCCAACAAUAUUCAUACUUUAUCUUUUAACCUUUUGUUUUAUACUUCCUAAUUUCCAUCUAAAAAAAAGUCCUUUCAUCUAUGGAAAAGCUAGUGAGGGAGAAAAUACUUGUUUUCUAUAAUAAAAUAAUUUGAUACCAUCUAUACCAUGUUGGGUUAAGAAAUACAAAUAAAUAUCUGAAGGUUUUGGGAAUUCCUCUAAUUACAUUGAUUUGAAAUCAUGUUACUAGAAAGCAAACUAAAAUGUAAAGUGAAAAGCUAACUUAGAAGUAAGAUUUUUGAAUAUAAAAAUAUUUUAGAAGCUGGGAGGGAAAUGUUUGUAAUUUGAAAUCCUGACCCUUGCCCUCCUGAUUACUCUUCUGUGCCUAUUAUAGAGUGAGAAUUUUUUGUGCUAGCAGAGACUCUAGAGAUAAUCUUACUAGUCUCCUAUCACCCCUGCCCCAUAUCCAUCCUCAGGAAACUGAGGCUCAAAAGGUUGUGAUGUGAUCAAGGUCACAUAACCAAGAAGCAGAGCCAGAAUCAAACCCCCUGUCUCCCAUCAAAUGCAUAAUAGCACCACACUGCCCCCCUUUACUCAUACUGUGGUAUGUGUGUUAUGUAACACUCUCCAUUUUUACAGUUUCUGUACAGUUCUAGUAGUUGGUGAAUACAGCAUAAUAAGAAAAGUACUAAAUCUAGAAAAAAUAUAGAGUAAUAAACAUAGAUAGGGAAGUAUUGGAAAUGUAGGUAUCUAUACCACAGAUGUAAGGAUAGAUACAUUUUCCUUAUUCUAAUUUAUGCCUUACUAUUUUCUGCCAUAUAACAGUUUUACGCUGCCAUUUAUAGUUGAUUAUAUUGCUGGGGAUUUAUUUAAAUGCAAAAUAAACCCAAUGAAGUGGCUUUGAUCAGUAUUUCUAGCUAUUUUAGAGUAAUUUUUGAAUCAGCCAGCUUUGAGUCACUUAGGUGGCAAGUUAAUUGUAUUGCACAAUGGAGUAUUGCAAAGUAAAGAUUAAAUAAUUUGAUUCCAUUAAUUUCUAAUGUCAAAAGAGAUUGAACCUUCCUUGUGCUUAGAGCAGAUAGAUAAAGCAACAUUUCUUUAUGUGAUUGGAAAAGGUUUGUUGUAUGAAGCUUGUGAUUUCAUAAUGGAAUGGUGACCAUCAUGUCAUUUAAUGUGUAUAUACCAUAUGAAAUGUCCUAAAUGUGGUAGACUCAGUUAUAUAAACUCAGUAUUUCCAACCUAUACUCUCAAAUUCCACUUAGUAGCUUUAAAUUAAUUAUAAUUAUUUAUUAGACACUGGAAUACUGAGAAUAACUUCUUUCAGAUUGUUUUGUUUGCACUAUAUUUGUGAAUAUUUUAAUAAAGUAGGGUGAUUUUCCUACCUCACUUUGUGAGGUUUGUAUGGGUCCAUUUUUGACUACUUUAGUUGACAGUCAGUUGUCUCAUUUAAUUUUCUGCAUGUUCAUUUGUAAAUAAAAAAAUUAGUAUGUGUCUUUAGAGAGUAGUACACUAUUUAUACAAACACUGGCAAUGAGGAUCUCUCCAUUUAUGAUCUUGGAUUACAAAGUAAGUUUUAUUUUUUUAAAAUCAGUAUUUCAGUUACAUAUCUUUUUCAGUUUAAAAAUGUUUAAUAGGUCAUGCCAGUGGUUGGAAAGUAUAUAAGAAUUUUAGAGCAAUUUUUCUCUAUUAUGGCUAUGUUAAACAGUCUGAACAUGAUACUUUUUAUCUUUCAAGUUGAAUGAUUAUUGUCAUGUUUCAAACCACUAAGUUGGUUAAGACACUUAUUUGUAAUACUUUAAUUUUAAAGUGCUUUUUAGAAAUAAGUUGUUUGAAAACCAACUAGACAUUAUUGCUAACUUAAACUCUAAAUAUUAACGUACAUGCCAGAUUAUAAGAUGGAGUGCAGUGUGAAAUUGUUAACAGUGCUAAUAAAUCAUAAUGAGUUACUAGAUUGGUACAAUUUUCCAUUGCCAAGGUGGUUAUGUUGAUUAAUGUAAGACAUAAAUUUUAGUAUUACCUGCAUUGCGUACCUAUUGGGUAUAUCAUAUUGGCACUGAACAUACAUAGGAAAUACUAUUCACAGAGUCAACCAGUGUGAACUUAAACUAUAUUAGAUUUUUGAUGGUGCCACAAAUUUGUGUGGUGACCCCAAGCCACGAGAAUUAGAGGAGUCAUCAUCACCCAAACUUCCUCAGCUUGUGUAGGCACAUUCCUUCUAAACUUGACCAUAAAACCACAAAAUUUUGGUAAUGUAAUCUCUUCAGUAUUUUUGUAGUCUUAGCCAUUGAUCACAUGAGAAAUUUAUACAAGAGCAAAAGUUCAGGUUAGAAGUUAGCAGAAAGCUAGGAAUGAUGUGAAAUAACUGGCAGCAUAGUACAGAAAUGUAGGUUCUAUAUUUUCCUUCUGAUUUUGAGAAAAUGUUUACAAAUUAGGGCACAUUCACAUGUCGGCUAUUAUACUAUUAUGUUUAAUAUAGACUUUACCAAUAAAAUUAGAAUUAGGUGUAGCUUACAUUAUAAAUGGAUCUUUUUUUUUAAUAAUUGUAUAUCUGGAAAUAGGUUUAAUAAUGCAAUUAUUUUAUUUUCAAAGAGAAAUGAACUUAAUUCUACAAUCCAUCCCCAAACUACAGAAUUGAUAUCAAUCUGGUUUUCUGUAUUUGAAUCUCAACAGCUCAGUGUUAAUUAUAUCAGAGGAAAUUCUUUACAUCUUCAUCGAUUACAAAAUUUACCAAAGAAAAUGUAUCAACCAAAUAGAAUUUUUAAAAUACCUUACUGUUAAGGAAUGAAGCCCCUUUAACAUAAAGGAUUGUUUUCUAGCCUUGGGAGAAAUAGAUAUUAAAAUAUUCUUUGAUCUGGAACAUAGAUAUACAGGACCUACAAGAUUCCAUUUGAAAUUUUCUUAUGUCAGUAAAAUAGCCACAUUUACACUUCCAGCAAAAAUACCAGUUAAAGGUUAAGUCCAAAUAAUAUAGCUAUGGCACGUUUUCAUGUCUUAACUCAAGGGUUCUGUCCAUCAGUAUUGAAUAAAAAAGUGUGGAAGUUCCUAAAAUUAGUAUAUUGUAUGAUCUUGUGAUUUUUUAAAUGUAAAAUUUAAGGGGAAGUUAUGGAAAUGCACCUUUUCAAUGGGCAAUGGCAAUUCUAAUAAGUAUGAUAUAGGCUAAAAUGGUAUGUUUGUUUACAUAAUUUAUGUACAUGAUCACUCUGGGUGUUUUUCUUUUCAGAAAAACAUGAUUGGGUUAAGAAAAGCUAAAAUACUUAUUUAAUGAUUUUUUUUGAAAAAUGAAAUAUAACUAUUAACUGAUGUUCAAAACAGGCUCUAUAUAUUAUUUUUUUUCAUAUCAGGUGGUAGUUAAAAAGUAAUGACUGUAUUGAUCUUAGAAAGAGAAGAUUGGCUUUCUAACAAUUACUAAUGUAGGUUUGUGGGUGUUAUCAUCCAAACUGAAUUGAGAGAUAAUGCUCAAUGCUCAUGUGUUUUAAAAUAUUUGUAAUAAGUUCAUCAACUACUUUACAAUGAAUCUUUUUAGUUCUUAUUCUAAAAAUUAAUGCUGGCUUUACAUUCAGUUUAACUAGUUAAGUGAAACAGUAUUUAUGGUGCAAAAAUUAUUUUCCCAUUAUUUUCCUCAUAAUAAUUUGGCUCUCCUAAGCUAUAAUUUCUGAAGAGUUUUUACUACUUUAACAUUUUGUGGUCUGAUAUCUGUCAAAAUGGACAAUUAAACAGGAAACAUCCCACUUACACAUGUUUGCUUUAUAAAAGGAUAUGGAAUGUAUAGAUCAGCUGUUCGUUUUUUGUUUUUUAAACCAGCAUCAACCUACAUCUUGGUAUAAACUUACCAAGUAUUCAGAGAAUAGUGCUGGUGAAAAUUUAAAUAGAAUAGGCAUGAAGAAAAUAGGAUAUUUAUUGACUGAUGUCCUUUCAACCUAAGACUAGUGAAAACCUUCAUUUUUUUCAGAGCUGAAGAAAAAAACGCACAUUUAAGAUCAUAUUUAUUGGUGCAUGUAAGCCAUUAUCUUAACUGUCUUACUGAACUGGUUAAUGCUGUUGAUUGUUGAAAUGUGAAAUGUAGUCACUGUUGACCUGUAAAUAUCUGCCAGAGAUGAAAAAAAUAUUUUAAGGUAUUGUAAAUAAAGAUGUAUAAAAUUCAUUAUCAGUCUGCAAUGCAGAAACAUAUCUAAGAUGUUAAAUAUUGUGUUUCUUAAGAGAUGUGUAAUUUUUCCCUAGAUGUAUCUAGUUACAGUAAGAAUGUAAAUGUUCUUUUUGUACAGUAUAAAAAUACAACUUUAUUUGCCUUUCGACUGGA